AGGCGGGCGGGGGAGCAGCAGAGCCCCGCCGCCCGCAGCUUUGUUCGCCGGGCCCUCCGACGCUCGUCCCGCUCUUCUGCCCCAGUCCGCGCGCCCUCCCGGUUCCUUUCUUUCCCCUCUGCGGGAUAUCUCAGUGUGGGAGCGUCGCCUGCGGAACCGACCCGCGGUGCGGGACUAGGAAACAACAGGUCUUCCCCCCACCUCUCCUCGCCUUUUCUCCGAAGUGGCACCGGCGCCUCGCUGUUGGGAUUAUAAAUGUUUGAACUAAGACCCAGGGAACUGGAAGGAGAGCCUCCCGUUGGAAUUAACAGGAGAGAAAACAAGGGAGGCUUUUCCAAAUCCUCCGCAAGAAAGCCCGUGCUGUUUUUUUCCCGUGCUGUCCGCACGGUGUUUAAUAAUGCGAUUGUGACCUGAGUGGAAUUUAUGAGCAAAGAACUAAUUGAAGCUUCUUGCACCGCUGCAUCGGACUACUUUUUUUUUGUUGUUUUCUCAGCACAUGAUUCCUCCAUCCCAGCUGUUGCCGGACCUGUGGGCCAGUAAUAGAGGGAUGGGAAGCUGAGGCAGUUUAUUUUAACAUUCUUCUGUUCCGGGGACUUGGCGAGUUGGCUGAAGCUGCUGCUGCUUUUUACUGGAUCUGCUCUUUCCUCGGCAGGUUUAUUUGUUUUCAUGUGCACGGGGUGUUUCGAUUAAACAGACAUUGGACUGGAGCUGAAUGGAUGCUUUGCAAGCCGAAAGGUUUUGGGAGGUAGCAGAAAACUGCUAGAACAGAGAAGAACUGGUACUGCAGGAAACCUGGGUCCUGUCUUCCAAGCCUUUUUGUUUUAUUGAGCAAGCCAACAAAAGCUCAAAGUACUGUUUUAGAUGUGAUCUUUAUACGUUUGAAGCAUUGGAAGGAACAGAUAAUGAUUCUCAAAAUGUGCAGUAUGAUGUGUGAGGUGAUGCCAACCAUCAGUGAGGCCGAGAUUCCUGCUGGGGGAAAUGGAGGCCACGGUUCAGGUUCCCCAUUACAGUCAGAUGCUGAUUCCCAUUUUGAGCAAUUAAUGGUGUCCAUGUUGGAAGAAAGGGAUCGCCUCCUGGAAACACUGAGGGAAACUCAGGAGACCCUGGCACUGACCCAGGGCAAGCUGCAUGAAGUCGGUCAUGAGAGAGAUUCCUUGCAAAGACAGCUCAAUACUGCACUCCCACAGGAAUUUGCAGCACUUACAAAAGAGCUCAAUGUAUGCAGGGAGCAGCUGCUGGAAAGGGAAGAAGAAAUCGCUGAACUGAAAGCAGAAAGAAAUAAUACCAGGCUGUUACUGGAACAUCUGGAGUGUCUUGUCUCCAGGCAUGAGCGAUCUCUGAGAAUGACUGUGGUGAAGAGGCAAGCUCAGUCUCCAGCAGGAGUUUCUAGUGAAGUGGAAGUUCUCAAAGCACUAAAAUCUUUAUUUGAGCACCAUAAAGCCCUUGAUGAAAAGGUAAGGGAGAGGUUACGAGUAGCACUUGAAAGAUGUAGUUUAUUGGAAGAAGAACUAGGUACUACACAUAAAGAGUUAAUGAUUCUGAAAGAGCAAAAUAAUCAGAAGAAAACACUUCCAGACGGGAUGCUGGAUAUAAAUCAUGAACAAGAAAAUACACCGACUACAAAUGGGAAGAGAUCCUCUGAUGGUUCUUUAUGCCAUGAUGAAAACCUUGCUAAAGUGAUUGAACUCCAAGACAUUAUAGAUAAGCAAAACAAAGAGCAGACACAAAUGAAAGAACGUCUCACUGCUCUGUCCAGCAGAGUGGCAGAGUUGGAAGAAGAUCUUGACACAGCCAGAAAAGACUUGAUAAAGUCUGAAGAAAUGAAUACAAAGUUACAGAGAGAUGUACGAGAGACUAUGGCCCAAAAGGAAGACAUGGAAGAGAGAAUUACAACUCUUGAGAAACGCUACCUCGCUGCGCAACGUGAAGCUACAUCUGUGCACGACCUCAAUGAUAAACUUGAAAAUGAAAUUGCCACUAAAGACUCCAUGCACAGACAGAGUGAAGAUAAGAACAGGCAAUUACAGGAACGACUGGAACUGGCUGAGCAAAAGUUGCAGCAGACCCUGAGAAAGGCUGAGACUUUGCCAGAGGUGGAAGCUGAGCUGGCCCAGAGAGUUGCAGCACUUACAAAGUCUGACCUUUUGUCUCCUGGGAGAUCUGCUGCUAAAGAUGCAAAAGUGUUGGAACUUACCACCAAGCUUAGGAAGGCUGAGGAGAGACAUGGCAACAUCGAGGAACGACUGAGGCAGAUGGAAGCACAGCUAGAGGAGAAGAAUCAAGAACUGCUAAGGGCUAGACAGAGAGAAAAGAUGAAUGAAGAGCAUAAUAAACGUUUGUCAGAAACUGUUGAUAAACUUCUGUCUGAAUCCAAUGAAAGGCUCCAGCUGCAUCUCAAGGAAAGGAUGGCUGCCCUAGAAGAUAAGAAUUCACUUCUUCGAGAAAUUGAAAAUGCAAAAAAGCAAAUAGAGGAGCUUCAGCAUGAAAAGGAUCAACUUGCAAUAAAUGUUGAUGCAUUAAGGGCUGAAAAUGACCAAGUGAGACUCAGAGCCACAUCACUCCAUCAUAGCAGACCAGAUUUCAGAUUCCCUAUGACAUCUUCCUCUGUGGGUGACACUCACACAGACUCCUUUGGCACCUCCUCCGUGCUGAGGCGUCCCCAGAAGGGACGUUUGGCAGCUCUCAGAGAUGAACCUUCAAAGCAUGUUCAGACUCUGAAUGAGCAGGAUUGGGAGCGAGCCCAGCAAGCAAGUGUGUUGGCAAAUGUGGCACAAGCAUUUGAGAGUGAUGUUGAUGUGUCUGAUGUGGAGGAUGACAGAGAGACCAUAUUCAGCUCAGUUGAUCUGCUGUCACCAAGUGGUCAGGCUGAUGCUCAGACUUUGGCCAUAAUGCUUCAGGAACAGUUGGAUGCCAUCAACAAAGAGAUCAGACUUAUCCAAGAAGAGAAGGAGAACACGGAGCAGCGAGCAGAGGAGAUUGAAAGCAGGGUGGGCAGUGGCAGCCUGGAUGCCCAUGGCCGGUUCCGCUCCAUGAGCUCCAUCCCUCCUUCCUAUGCCAGUGGUUCCCUGGCUGGUUCCUCCCCCCCUGGCAGUGGCCGCUCCACCCCAAGGCGGAUCCCACACAGCCCAGCUCGAGAAGUGGACAGAUUGGGGAUCAUGACACUGUCUCCAGCUUCCAGAGAAGAGGUACGAGAUGAUAAAACCACAAUAAAAUGUGAGACAUCACCACCUUCUUCCCCUCGGUCUCUGCGUUUGGACAGAGUCCAGAAAGGAGCUUUGCACACAGUGAGCCAUGAAGAUAUCAGGGACAUCAGGAAUUCAACAGGUUCUCAAGAUGGGCAAACAAGUAAUCCCAGUAGCAGUAACAGUAGCCAAGAUUCCCUUCACAAAGCUCCCAAAAAGAAGGGGAUCAAAUCCUCCAUCGGCCGCUUGUUUGGCAAGAAGGAGAAGGGACGACCUGGACAAACAAGCAAGGAAGGAUUAGGACAAGGCGGCAUGGGAGAAGCAGAUGGUUCCUCUCAGGAUGCCUUAGGUCUCAGCAAGCUUGGAGGUCAGGCAGAAAAAAACAGGAAAAUGCAGAAAAAGCAUGAGCUGCUGGAGGAAGCCAGAAGACAAGGUUUGCCUUUUGCACAGUGGGACGGACCUACUGUGGUUGUGUGGCUGGAGCUGUGGGUUGGGAUGCCAGCCUGGUAUGUGGCUGCUUGCCGAGCAAAUGUGAAAAGUGGUGCUAUCAUGUCAGCCUUGUCUGACACGGAAAUACAGCGGGAAAUUGGGAUCAGCAACCCCCUGCACAGGCUCAAGCUGAGGCUGGCCAUCCAAGAAAUCAUGUCACUGACAAGCCCAUCUGCCCCUCCCACCUCAAGGACGACCACGGGAAAUGUCUGGGUAACACAUGAAGAAAUGGAAAAUCUUACAGCCACACAACAAACGGAAGAUGAGGAGGGAAGCUGGGCUCAGACACUUGCCUAUGGUGAUAUGAACCAUGAGUGGAUUGGCAAUGAGUGGCUCCCAAGCCUGGGGCUCCCUCAGUACCGCAGCUAUUUCAUGGAAUGUCUUGUGGAUGCUCGAAUGCUGGACCAUUUAACUAAAAAAGACCUGCGCGGGCAGCUCAAAAUGGUGGACAGCUUUCACAGAAACAGUUUUCAGUGUGGAAUCAUGUGCCUACGAAGACUGAAUUAUGAUCGAAAAGAACUUGAAAGAAAAAGGGAAGAAAGCCAGAAUGAAAUCAAGGAUGUGCUUGUGUGGAGCAAUGAAAGGAUGAUCCAUUGGGUCAUGUCCAUUGGUCUUAAAGAAUAUGCGAAUAACCUUGUCGAGAGCGGAGUUCAUGGUGCUCUUGUGGCCUUAGAUGAAUCCUUCGAUUACAUUGCAUUAGCUCUCCUAUUGCAAAUCCCCACCCAGAACACACAGGCUCGUGCUGUUCUGGAGAGGGAAUUUAAUAACCUUCUUGCUAUGGGCACUGACAGAAGACUUGAUGAAGAUGAUGAUAAGAGCUUUAGGAGAGCACCUUCAUGGAGAAAGAAGUUUAGACCAAAGGACAUCAGAGGUUUAGCUGCUGGAUCAGCAGAGACUCUUCCUGCAAAUUUCAGAGUUACAACCUCAAUGUCUUCACCCUCUAUGCAGCCAAAGAAGAUGCAGAUUGAUGGCAGUGUAUCAGGAACACAAAGAUUGGAUUCUGCUACAGUAAGGACCUACUCCUGUUAAAGCCUUCUCCUGUUUACCCACACUAUUUCUACCGGUGAUAUGCAGCAUUUUGAACAUUUGGAACCCUUAACCUGUUAAUACUUGUUAAAUGGACACUUUGAGAUAUUUUAUUACAGAGUUUUUAAUUAGCAAAUAAAUUCAUGAGUACUACAGAGAAAAUAUUUUAGAAUCUAAAUGUUUCCUAUAUUUAUGUGACUUCUCAUUUAUAUAGUUACUUACUUUUUCAGUUUCUAUUCAGUCUACAAAUCAAAUCAUUGCUGAUUUUUUAUUCUAAUUUUAGUCUUUCCAACUGAAUGUACUGUAAUGCUUGUAUGUAUAUGUCCCUAUGAGCAAUAUAGGGUUUUUGUAAAUUAUGCAGUUACUGUAAUUAUCAUUGUUUUUUAAUAAUGAAACUGAAGGUGAAAAGGAUUUUAAUACCUUUGUAAAAGUAUCAUGACACCAAGCAGUAUAUAUUUUGUCUUUUUGGAGCUGUUAGACCUGAAAACAAGCCCAGCUUUUUUUCAGAUAUUGAUAUAGGAGCUGUGGUACACAAGUGUUGUUCUCCUCAGAGCUGUAUCUUUCCACACAGAGGACUUGUCGAGUAGUGGCAGUUUGACUUUAUUCAAAAUAGAACGUGUUUUAAGAGCUGGGAGGAACUGAGGAGAACACGUUUUAGAAGUGAUUUUGACUCACUCAUAACACACUCUGCUGUAUUUGUAAAGCGACUCUUCACAGUGACUGAAAACAAGCCAUAAACCAAGAACUGUUUGUAUUUUUUCUUUUCCUUAAGUGAGGAAGACAGACUUCAUAAUGAUUCCUGGUCAUAGGCCACAGGCCACAGAGAGGUUUUUAGGGUUUUUUUGGUUGAAAACACUUGUGGAAAGAUGCUGGUGGAACUAGUUUUAAUGGACCAAUCUUAAAGCACUGCAGCCUCAUGUCAGGUGAGUAGGGAAAGAUGAAGGUACAAUGGGCUGAAACCUCAAGCAGUGCAUCUUCUAAUAAAGGCCUUACUUUUCUUAUGUAAGUCAUCUUAUAUGUUUUGUAAACUUGUUCUAAAGAGUUGUCUGGACUUUAAUUUUGAUGGGUGUUGCUAUUUUGGACUGUAUGAGUAGAAAAUGUAUCUGAUACUUGUAAAUGGCAUAUUAAAAAGCCAGCAAGAAUCUGUUCAGAUGGUGCAUUAUUUAUUAUGCAGCAAUAUAUAUAGCAUGUCUUUUUUCUCUUAUUUUGUUUUCCACUUUUAACUUUGCUUGUAAAACUGAAAUUCAUUGUUAUUGUUCUGGGUUUUUUUCUAUUAAUCUUUUGUGUAUCUUCAGAUUAUGUAACAAUAUGUACAGUCUACUUUUGAACUAUUUUUAUCACAGUAUUAUUUAUUGCUUUCUUUCAAUAAAGUACUGAUGCAUUUUCCACUGCCAAUAAAACACUAUGGAAAAGCUGAGAUCUAAUUGUGUGCAGGCAGAAACUUUUGCAGUGAGCGGACAUGAUUGUUUGCUGCCCUGUAGAUCUUGUUUCAGAUGAUGACCUUUCUCCAGUAGGAAAAAAGUACUCCAUUAGAGGUGACAUUUUCUUUGGAAUUGUUCAAGUUCACAUGCAUUAAUCAGUUUUGGAAAAAAACAGUUUUCUGAAGAAAAUGGUUUUAUUGCCUCCUUCUACUCAUAGUUACAGCUGUGAUUUGCUUUUAAAAAUGGUAACAAAAACUACCACACAACUUCAGUGUGUUCUGGUCCACGUGACGGAGAUUGAAGUGCUGUUCUAGGUAGCACCAAGAGCUGCUUUGUUAACAAAAUGAGAUUAUGACCAUAGUGAUAUUUGGGGAGAAACACAGGAGUCGAGGGAACCAAUACAAUAUUGGGUCACAAUAGGGCUGUUUAUGUCAAUUUUAAUACAUUUGUAAACCAUUUCUUGUGUAGAAGAGAAGACAGAAGGAUAAAGUUACAGAAUAAUGGAAGCAGUAGUGAAGCAUAUUCCAUCAUGUCCUCUGGAUCAACAGAAGGAAUGCCUGGAAUGGAGAAAUAUUGUCACUGAUGCUCUAAACAUUGUUCAGUAAUGCAUCUGUUUGUCUGGCUUGUCUGUAUGAGUUGCUCUCUGUUAAUUUGCAGGCUCUUUUAUAUUUUCAGAGAAUCUAUCUUCCUAGAAAAAGCUGAAAUGGAACUGCAAAAGGAGCUCCUGACUCGCUGUUCAGCUGAAUUUCACUGUUUAGAGAAAAAAUUGCAUAGACGUUGCUGGUCACUGAUGUAAUAGUGGGUGUUCAAAGUCGUGUAUUGUUGCUUCUCAAAAGUGAAACCAAUGCGGGGUAGACUUGUAAAAUGUGAAAAGAAAAUGCAUUUAUUAUUUUAAGGCUGUAAAACCUUAAGUGUUAUGGAACAAUGGAACUGAUAUGAGAGCUAGAAUAAAUGAGUGAAAUGGCAAAAAGCUUUCACAAACUGGCA